GGAAGGCUUACUCACUACAGAGAUGAUCUGGAUCUGAACGAUGGCGCGGUGCCGGUUUGAGUUUUACCACUUAAUUUUUCUUCUGAUGGUGGCCACAGCACAAAGCAAAGAGUGUGAUGUUCUGCAAAUUGUUGAGGCCGUGGUGAAUUCGGUAGCGACACUUACAUGCCCUUUAACCACAUUGCCUGAAGACACACAGGUUAUUUGGGAAGUUCUUCUAGGUGAAAGAGCAGAAAGAGUUGGUUUUGUAAGCACCUGCUCCUCUUCCUGCUCCAUAGAAGACAGCACCAACAGAACUCAGCAUCCCCUAUGUAAAAUGAGAGAAGUAAAAGAUUUACAAAAAGGGACUAGUUCACUGAUUAUUAGUCCUGUGGGAAUCACAGAUGUGUCUUGGUAUCGAUGUACAGUGCAAAACAGAACUGGUUCUUACUGUUCUCGUGUGAAGAUUGCAGUAAAAGAGGAGCCUCAACUUCAGACUCAUAUUAAAGAAUGCAAAAUCAUCGACCCAGUUGAAAAAUUUCUGAAUGAGACUUUUAUUCUUCAGUGCCCCGUGGACAGAUCACAUCUUGGUUCCUCACAGUUAAUCUGGGGGACUGUUGAAGCAGAUGUGACUAUUCCUAUAACUCGUUGUCCUACAAAUUGCACCUUCAAAGGAGCCCAGAAACCACUAUGUGAGAGAGCAAAAACAAUGGAGGAUGGAUCACUGACUAUUAGUCAUGUGUGGCCCACAGAUUCUCAGUGGUUCUGGUGUGCACUUUCCACUUCAUGUUAUAAAUUUAAGCUUACUGUUAAAGAAAAUGCCUCUACUAAUCGGAUUACAAUUUACUCUACAAUUAAAGCUGAAGGAGAUUUGCAUACAACACAAGGCCCACAGGAGCAAACAAAUGGCAGCAGUGUUACAGUAGUCACUACUAAUGCCACAGUGAUAAUGAUAGCCUUAGUAACCGCUGUUACUCUCUUUGUGGCCAUGCUGGUCGUGGUGUACAUCUUUUUCAGAAAAAAGAAAAAGAUAAAUACACACAAUGUUGUACAAGAGAAUCUGUAUGAUGUUAUUGAAGAAACUAUACACAAUGAUCUGCUUCCAUAUACUUUGGUCCAGUUUGAUACUCCAAUCUUAUAUACCUUUAAUGUCAAAUGAGAAGAGACCCUCAGGCAUCUCAAAAUCCCAUGUUCUGUUCCUGUUUUUCUUUUCUUUUUUAUUUCUCAUAUUUUUUCCUUCACAUUUACACUGUUAUAAUGUAUACCAAAUAAUUGCUUGAAUAAAAUUACCUACUUAAUUGUUAAUAUAAUAAGAAAACUAAUUGAAUUGUAAAUUGGGGAAGUUGCUAAUGUAGAUUAAUUAAUGUAGAUAAUGUAGAUUUGUUCAAAGUUACAAUGAAAAAGAAAGUUUUUUUUUUUAAAUGCAAAAGAAAAAAACCUUGACUUUUUCAUUGUAACUUUGAACAAAUGUUUUAAACUCAUGGUAUCUUAAGUAUGUAACCUUGUGAGCCAGCAUCAAUGUAUUCAAUGUUAGAGAUUUAAGCACUUAUGUACGUCACUCUGGAUAAGGGCGUCUACCAAAUGCUGUAAAUGUAAAUGUAAACACAGGUGUCCCUCAGAACAUACUUUUUCAUCCUGUUUUCAUGGACGGGGUAUUUUCAUUUUCAUGUAUUGGGGUAUUAUGUAAAUGCUGAGCUGUGGUCUAUAAACAGUAGCCACACAUAGUUCCCCUUGUUGCUGUCAGUAUGGUUGAGGGUUGUGUGAAAGACGUGAGAGAUCGUCUUAUUUGGGUGCAAACUUUAGUAAGUUGAUGGAGCAGAUGUAAUUUUUGAUUUCUAAUUUAUGACGGUCUCUCAAAGACAUACAUGACUAAUGAUUUGAGGCGAUAGUUAUUUAAAGAUGGCUUAAAGGUCUUUGAAACAGGAAUGACAGUGGAUAUUUUAAAGCAAGUGCGAACUACAGACUUAGUCUUAGCCUCAGAACUCAUACCCACUAACGGUUGGCUGAAUGUCUGAUGCAUAUAAAACACAAAUUACACUUCUCUGAUAUAUUUUAUUCUAUACUUGCUUAUCAGAGGAAACAUUUUCAAUUUCCUUUUUUACCCUGUUAUAAUGUAUACCAAAUAACUGCAUGUAUGUUGUCUGAAUAAAAUUACAUAUCUAAGUGUAAGCUUAAAAAUGUAUGAAUGUUGUGAUUUUAUGUAGUGUUGCAUUAAAUUACAGAAUAGAAAUUAUAUCAAUGUUACCAAAAUGAUGAAACAUUCUAAAUCUUAUGGUAUAUG